GGCCGCAGCUGACCGGGGUUGUGGGUACGCGGGCGCUCGCGAAGGGUGGCGCGGGAGCGGACCAUUGCCUGAUCCGGACGCGGCCGCCGCUGCCAGUCGGUGGUCCGUCCGGUGCGUGCGUGCCCCCGCGCUCCGCCCGCCGUGCUCGCUGAAGGGGCGCGCCCCGUGCUCCCCGGCACCGCCCACUCCGCUCCUCCCUCCGCCCGGAGAGCCGCCGGCGGCGGCCGGAGAGGCCCCUCCUUUGCGUCCUCGUUUUUUCUCGCUCGCAGCCGAGCGCAGUCGCCUACCCGGCUGGGCCCGCGACCCUUCCUGGCCAUGGCUGGCAACGUGAAAAAGAGCUCCGGCGCGGGAGCCGGCGGCGGUUCCGGGGGCUCGGGCGCGGGCGGCCUGAUCGGGCUCAUGAAGGACGCCUUCCAGCCGCACCACCACCACCACCACCUCAGCCCGCACCCGCCGGGCACCGUGGACAAGAAGAUGGUGGAGAAGUGCUGGAAGCUCAUGGACAAGGUGGUGCGGUUGUGUCAGAAUCCAAAGCUGGCACUAAAGAAUAGUCCACCUUAUAUUUUAGACCUGCUGCCUGACACCUACCAGCAUCUCCGUAUUAUCUUGUCAAGAUAUGAGGGGAAGAUGGAGACGCUUGGAGAAAAUGAAUAUUUUAGGGUGUUCAUGGAAAAUUUGAUGAAGAAAACUAAACAGACCAUAAGUCUUUUCAAAGAGGGAAAAGAAAGAAUGUAUGAAGAGAAUUCUCAGCCUAGGCGAAACCUAACCAAACUGUCCCUGAUCUUCAGCCACAUGCUGGCAGAGCUGAAAGGCAUCUUUCCAAGUGGACUCUUUCAAGGAGACACAUUUAGGAUCACCAAAGCAGAUGCUGCAGAGUUUUGGAGAAAAGCUUUUGGAGAAAAGACAAUAGUCCCUUGGAAGAGCUUUCGACAGGCCCUACAUGAAGUGCAUCCUAUCAGUUCUGGGCUGGAGGCUAUGGCUCUGAAAUCUACCAUUGAUCUGACUUGUAAUGAUUAUAUUUCAGUUUUUGAAUUUGACAUCUUUACACGACUCUUUCAGCCCUGGUCCUCUUUGCUCAGGAAUUGGAACAGCCUUGCUGUAACACAUCCUGGUUACAUGGCUUUUCUGACAUAUGAUGAAGUAAAAGCUCGGCUCCAGAAAUUCAUUCACAAACCUGGCAGUUACAUCUUCCGGCUGAGCUGUACUCGUCUGGGUCAGUGGGCUAUUGGGUAUGUUACUGCUGAUGGGAACAUUCUGCAGACAAUCCCUCACAAUAAACCUCUCUUCCAAGCACUGAUUGAUGGCUUCAGGGAAGGCUUUUAUUUAUUUCCUGAUGGACGAAAUCAGAAUCCUGACCUGACAGGCCUGUGUGAACCAACUCCCCAAGACCACAUCAAAGUGACCCAGGAACAGUAUGAAUUGUACUGUGAGAUGGGAUCCACGUUCCAACUGUGUAAAAUAUGUGCUGAAAAUGAUAAGGAUGUAAAGAUUGAGCCCUGUGGACAUCUCAUGUGCACAUCCUGUCUGACAUCCUGGCAGGAAUCAGAAGGUCAAGGCUGUCCUUUCUGCCGAUGUGAAAUCAAAGGUACAGAGCCCAUUGUGGUAGAUCCAUUUGACCCUCGAGGAAGUGGCAGCUUAUUGAGGCAAGGAGCAGAGGGAGCUCCCUCACCAAAUUAUGAUGAUGACGAUGAUGAACGAGCUGAUGAUUCUCUCUUCAUGAUGAAGGAAUUGGCUGGUGCCAAGGUGGAACGGCCCCCUUCUCCAUUCUCCAUGGCCCCACAAGCUUCCCUUCCCCCAGUGCCACCACGGCUUGACCUUCUGCAACAGCGAGUGUCUGUUCCUCCAAGUGCUUCUAGUCUAGGAACUGUCCCCAAGGCUGGUUCUGCCUCCCUUCAUAAGGACAAGCCAUUGCCAAUACCUCCUACACUUCGAGAUCUUCCACCACCACCCCCUCCAGAGCGGCCAUAUGCUGUUGGAGCAGAUACCCGACCUCAGAGACGCCCCCUGCCUUGUACACCAGGCGAUUGUCCAUCCAGGGAUAAACUGCCCCCUGUACCCUCUAGCCGUCUUGGGGACUCAUGGUUGCCCCGCCCAAUCCCCAAAGUACCAGGAGCUACUCCAAGCCCCAGUGACCCCUGGACCGGAAGAGAAUUAACCAACCGGCACUCACUUCCAUUUUCAUUGCCUUCACAAAUGGAGCCAAGAGCAGAUGUGGCCAGGCUUGGAAGCACAUUCAGUCUGGAUACUUCCAUGAAUACAAGUAACAGUCCAUUAGCAGGUCCAGAGUGUGAGCACCCCAAAAUCAAACCUUCCUCAUCUGCCAAUGCUAUUUAUUCUCUGGCUGCCAGACCCCUUCCAGUGCCAAAACUGCCACCUGGAGAACGGGGUGAGAGUGAGGAGGACACAGAGUAUAUGACUCCCUCAUCUAGGCCUGUAGGGCUUCAAAAGCCAGAGCUAAAACGGCCUUCAGAGACAGCCCAGAGUUCUCGAGUGGGUGAUUGUGACCAGCAGAUUGAUAGUUGCACAUAUGAAGCAAUGUAUAAUAUUCAGUCCCAGGCGCCAUCUGUCACCGAGAACAGCACCUUUGGUGAAGGGAAUUUGGCUGUAGCCCACCCCAACACUGGCCCUGAGGAAUUGGAAAAUGAUGAUGAUGGCUAUGAUGUCCCUAAGCCACCGGUACCAGCUGUCCUAGCCCGCCGAACUCUCUCAGACAUCUCCAAUGCUAGCUCAUCCUUUGGCUGGUUGUCUCUGGAUGGCGAUCCCUCAACAAACUUUACUGAGGGUUCUCAAGUUCCUGAGCGGCCUCCAAAACCAUUCCCUCGGAGAAUCAAUUCUGAACGGAAAGCAGGUAGCUGUCAGCAAAGUGGUGGUACUGCUGUGGCCUCCCCUGCUGUCACCCCAUCACCACAGCUCUCCAGUGAGAUUGAGAACCUCAUGAGCCAGGGCUACUCCUAUCAGGACAUUCAGAAAGCUUUGGUCAUUGCCCACAACAACAUUGAAAUGGCCAAAAACAUCCUCCGGGAAUUUGUUUCUAUUUCAUCCCCUGCUCAUGUUGCCACCUAGCACAUCCGUCUCUGCCAUGGCUACGAGGAUCCAAGAGCUGGGCUCUUGAGGAGCACCUAGAAGGGCAGAAGCUCUUUUGGGGGACUUCACUAUGAGGCCCUGCCCUCUCUGUGGGUAUCAUACUGUGGUCCCAAGAUUUCAAAGCAGUGGAAUGAAAAUGGAGCAGCUAAUGUGUUUUAUUAUUGUAUUGUUCUUGAAGGUGUCCUUCAGUCCCCACUUGGAGAGAGUGUAGAUUUUUGGAAACAGUCCAGAAAGCAGUAGAAUAAGUAUUGUGCUAUAAACCCUGAUUGAGGACUUAAGACUUUCCUUGGUUAAGGAUGUGUUCAUGUCUGUCUGUCUGUCUGUCUGUGGUUGUAUGUGUGUUAAUCCCAAGUGGGGAAUUAGCUCAAGAGGUUCAGAAAGGGAUCUUUUAAAGACUUCCCUCUACUGUGGUAUUCCACCCAACCCUAGUGUGUAUUACAAUUUCAGCACUCCUCUUUGGCUUAGAUUGUCAUGUGCAUAGCUCAAAUCUUAUAUUUUUUAGAAUACCGUCCUGUCCUUUGUCCUAUUGGCCCACCCUCAGUGUUCUGUCAUUGGCAGUGGGCUUGCUGUGACCAGCCUUACUGAGGCCACACCCUAAUAAGAUGUUCCAUAUUAUGUGUGAUGGUGUUGGUUUGUUUGGUAGAGAUAGGUAAGAGAGAAAGUACUGUUGCUGUGUCAUUGUAGUCAUGUUUGAUACUAGCAGCUAACACUGGUCACUCCAAAGUGUUGUUUCUAUAGGAACAUUGAAUUUGUUAAAAUAAGAUUUGAAUUAUCCUAAUUAUAUAAUGACUGAUUUGAGAUAGAGGCCUUCAAAUACAUUCCAUGUCCUCCCCAGAAAUUAUUCUGUGGGAGUCCGUUGCCUUGAUGCCAGGCAUGUGGUCUGGUAUAGGUCAUGAGUGUUUCUUCUUAACGGGAAGAGAUGAACAUGUUUCCAGGAUGACUUUCUGGCCUGAACACCAUGAAGCUUUUAGGAAAUUUCAUUUAUAUGUUUUUAGAUGCACAAAAUAGACCAUAAGGAUUUAUCUGUUCAGUUUUUCUUUCCAGUUAAUCAGUUUUAGCUUAUAUGGGUAUCUCUUUUUGAACAUGAGCCAGAUUAGAUUUUCAGAAAUGACUUUUUAUUUGGCCUUUAAAGUAUGGGCAUAACACUGGGGGUAGCACAGCAUUUUGCUGAUUAUUAGCACCUUUUCUAUAUUGGUGCUGCCCAGUGACUUGGUUUUCUCUUGUGCCUCAGGCUUGGGGAAUGGAAUGUAGUUUCUUCCCUUUCUUGCCUUUUUCUCUUCCCUUUAGGUUCCAUGUAUACUGUGUUUUUUUUUCAUUGAAAUAAAUUACUCUAGUCAAAGACAGUAUGGGAAAAGGCUGGUGGUUUGUGAAAUUCCAAGUUUAUGAAGAAGAAUCAGAGUCCAGUUGGGAGACCCACUUGUCAGAUCUGUAGCUGCUGCCCCAUGGCCCCUGGAAUUGAGUUUGUUCUCUGUCUGGAGUCUUUUACUGACUUUCCCAGCAGUGUGCACUCCUUCUCCUUGUCAGAAACAAAGCUGCUGUCUGAGAAAUUACCUUCCUCAGGGUCUGAUCCAGACAGAAAUGACCCUCCUAAAGCAGCUUUCUUUCCAGUUGUGUCAUCCUUGGAACUAAAACCCUUUCUAAGUCUUCUCAUGGUAUCCAUCUACUCCAUGCUCUUUGUGUUUUAUCCUCUUGCCUCAAGCUAUUUAUAUUCCCAAAGCAGACAGUACUGGGCCUUGUGAUGACUUGCUAUGGUUACCUAGUGUCAUCUCCUGUCUCCUCUGCAGUGGAGAGGAAAUAGCACAGCCCCCAGCGGGUGCAGGAGGUCCUGCACUGGGAAGGAGGGAGGUGGGCAAAGUGGCAGCAAAUAAGAACAGUAGCCUAACAUCCACUCCUAAAAGCUGGUAGCAUUCAGUUUGCAUUUUGUUUAAAUAUUGAAGGCCUAGCCAGAGUACUAGGAAAAGAAAAAUGCCAGCAGUUUCCAGGGCUAUUCAGAUUAUAAUAUUUUUCUCUAUAGAUAUUAGCUGUAGUUUGAAGAUCUGUCAAGAAAACAGCUCUUGGGCUUGAGAUUUAGCCUGCCUGCCUUGUAAGCACAAGGACCCAAGUUGGAUCCCCGGUAGCCCCCCCCAAAAAAGAAAAGAAAACAGCUCUGGCCACAUCUCUUUUGCCUGUUCAGUGCAUCCUCAUCUUACAUGAGAUUAUUGUCCAUACUGGCCAGGCUGAGGGCUUUUUCCUUCCUCUCCUGAGCAGCUGUGUAGCUCUUCAGUCAGAUCUGAAACUGACAGUCCAGGCCCCUGUGUUGAGCUUGUGCACACUAAUGGGCUUGGAUAGCGCUUUGUCAAGUGAAUAUCUGCAGAUGUUCAGGGUUUUGGACCAUUGAAUUAUGGCCAUUUCUCUGACUGGUGCUCAGAGAACAUACUAGGUCUGGGCUGGAAAUUGCCAGGUAAGCCUUAGAAAGGUUGCCACACAACUCUUUUUUAGAGGAUAGUCUCGAAAUGAGGAUUUCUUUUAUUUUCAUUUGACUGAGGCAUCUAUUCUUCAUCUUCUGUUUGUAUCCUGAUUUUUUGGAGGGUGUAGGGGGUGGUACUGGGGAUUGAGCACAGGGCCUUUGCAUUGCUACAUCCCUAGCUCUUUUUUAAAUUUUGAGAUAGGGUCUUACUAAGUGUAUACUGGUUUGAACUUAGAAUCAAGGAGGCCUCAGCCUCCUAGAAUGCUCGGAUGAUGGGAUUAUAGGUGUGUGAUGCUAUGCUGGGCAUAUAUUCCAAUUUUUAAUUCUUCAGCUCUGAUCUGAAUUUAAAAUUGCCAUUCAUGAAGAGGCUUUAUUUUCAGUUUUGUCAUUUUUGGCAAGCCCAGUCCCCCACCCCCCACCCCCAUUACAAAUGGUUGAUAUGAUCAAGAAAACCACUUUAAUAGAAGAUUCAUUAGGCUGUUUUAUUAACACAAUCUUCUGUUUUCCCUGUAUCUUUUGUGUGUUGCUUUGCACAACCUGCCUCAUUGUUAGGUUGCUGUCCUGCAGCUGGCAGGACUGUACUUCGGAAGCUUCCUCUUCUAUACUCCUGCUAAAGUCAAAGUCCUCAAAGUAGAAAAACCUGUGGGCUCUAUAAUAUAUACUUGCCCUUAGUUAAAUGGUAGAUUAGGCAGCUCAUCAUCUCAGCAUUUAUCUGUUAAUAGUAUUUAAAUACAGUAGUGAUCCCUAGCUGGGGUUAGCCCUUCUCUCUCACCAGCCCUGUCUCUUUCCCCAGCCCCACCCUACAUAGUCUGCCAUUCUUCCAUUCUCUUCCUUUCUUACCAGCCUCAUUACCAGGGCUCAAGAUGUGGGACAGUACUGUUAAUAUCAUUCAGCAGUUUUUUUGGAUUUAAAAAUUGAGGGUGGGGAAUGAUUGCUAUUCUUCUUACUUAAAAAUAUUUAUUUCCUGUGUAGGAAAGUAGAAUGUGUUUUAUGGUGGAAGCAGCAGACUUACAAAUCAAUUCUUUUUUUUUUUUUUGGUACUGGGGAUCAAACUCAGGUCCUUGCACUUGCAAGGCAGGCAGUGUAACCACUGAGCUAAAUCCCCAACCCUACAAGUCAGUUCUUACAACUCAACUUACUUGCAAACUAAGGACCAGCUACAUAUUUCCUUUAAGGUAGGUGCAAUGAACAAAAUCUAGUCUUUUCUGUUAAGUGACCAGCAGUGUAUUAGUGCAGAAUAUUCUCCUACCUCACAUCAUGAAAGUCAAAAGGUUAUUGACCUUCCCAAACUUCCUUCUUGCUUGUUGGUCUUUUAGACUAUGAAUGACCACUGUCUACUGAGUAAUAAUAGUAUUCUGACUAUUGGCCUAGCAAUAGCAGUUUGAUUGUUCUUCAUUCAGCAGAUGUUUGAGUGAGUACUGUGUGCCAGAAUGUUGUCCUUCCCUGCUGCCACAGGGGAUUGUAUUUGGACUGUACAGUACUUUAAUUUGACCAUAAAAAUAGUUCUUCCCAAUAAGAUUGUACAGUUUUUAUUUAUAGCAUUUUUAUAUGACUUGCCUGUCCUUACAGAGCUAUCUUGCUGAAAAUUGGUCUAAGACUCUCUCAUUAACCCCUGUUGUCUUCUACAGCUUUGAUAAUGUCUGAGAGAUUCCUUGGCCUAAGUCUCGUGGACACCCACCUUUUUAUGUAUUUUGGUGGGAUCUGAUUAGUGGGUUGAGAGAUAUUUGUGCUCAGAGUUGCACAAUUGGGCAUUAAAUGUUUAAGCAAAGCAUCUGUCUGUAGUCCGCUUUUCAAUCUAGUAUCUGCCCACAGUUUCCUUUUUGGUACAGUGCCUUCCUUGAUCUUUUUACUGAGCUGCUUGUAUUCCUAACCCCAUUAGGAAGUUUUUUUUUGUUUUGUUUUGUUUUGUUUUUAACCCUCUGAGACUUUUUGCCAUUCUAUACUAUUUAGAAUUUGUUUUCCUGCCCUUCAACCUUUGAAGCCAACUCUGCCUUAGAUGGGCUGGAGGGGCUGGGAAGGGUUGGGCACUUGUCUUUUAUGUCCUAAUCUGUAGUCAGUUGUUUGGUUUUUGAGGGCUAGUCAGUAUUAUAAACUGGACUCCAGCAGUGGUGUCAGCCUUUCCUCCCCAAGUGGGGAGCUCAGAGUUUCCUGUCAACAUGUCAUCAUUCUCCUAGACCUUAAAGCUGCGAAAUUUGAUUUGAGGUAUUUUUAACUCUGCAUAAAGCAUUAAUUACUGGUACUACUUUGAUUUCAGUCUAGGCAACCCCCUACACACACACACACACACACACACACACACACACCGACACAGUACUGGUUGUUGAACCCAGAGCCUUUGCACUGAACUACAUCUCCAGUCCUUUGAAUUUGAGACAGGGUCUUGCUAAGUUCACCAGGCUGGGCUUAAACUUGGAGUCCUCCUGCAUCCGGCCCUCAGAGUGCUGGGAUUACAGGCCUGCACCACUGUGCCCAGCUUUUAGCUCUUUCCUUGGGAAUGCACAAAGUCAUUUAAUGCAUGGAGGAGGGCUAAUGGUGGAGCCAGAUCAGGCUUGAGGUUGUUGUUUCGGGUUUUUUGACUGCAGAAAAUUAUUAGGGGUAGAACUACAGUACACAGAAGGGGCAGGAAGCAGGAUUGGGCAGAGGACUGUAGACUAUAAUGCAAAUCUAAUACCAUUUCCUUUUCUUUGGUUGAGACAGGGUCUUGCUAUGUAGUCCAGGCUGGCCUUGAAUUCAUGAAGAUCUUCCUGCUUCAGCCUCCCAGGUGCUGGGAUUACAGGUGUGCAUCACCAUGCCCAGCUCUAGCACCAUUUCUAUGUUCACAAUAACCACUGCCUCCUGACCAUCACCAAGGGUCCUCUUCAUGUUACAGUUACUGUUCUUUUUCUUUUCCUUUUCUCUGUCCUCAGUAGGAAAUAAGCUGUGGUUCUUGGGCACUGCACCAGGCCUGGAUCAGUCCUUAGAGGGCGCUCUCUGCCUGGUUCUCUUGGCACUGGAUCUCUCAUACCCCCUGGUGGACUCUUGGUUCUUAGAACUUUGAGUAUCUUUUGCAUAAUACACAGUCUGGUAUCUGUAGAUGACCUUAACUUGCAGCUGCCUUUUCUGCAUUUCUUGAAUCAUUUGCUUGUAGCUUCUUCAGUAGCCAGAUUUAUUUUUUCCUCAAUCAAGAUUUUAUUUUUAACUCCCCUAAUUAGGCAUCCUUUAGAAUACAAGAAAUAUUCAAGCUAAACAAAGGAGGGAGUCAUUAUAAGGGCACAGGGUCUUUCUUGGAACCCAGGAUAGGAAGGAAGUACAGUUGAUUUUUGCAUGGUGCUGGGACUGUAAAACUUUGCAUUUAAUCUUUCCUCCUGCUUAAUUUUCUGUUUGCAUACAUGACACCCACAUAGGCACCCCAGCCCUCAAGUUCACACAACCUUCUGGCUCUGGGGAUCAUCACACACAGAUUCCCAUUUCCUCUUAGUUCAUGUUUUUAGGAAUGUGUACGCUCAGCUCACACAUUGAUCAGAGUCCCUCCCAAGGCCACUUAGCCUCUCAGGGAGGGAAGGGAAGUGUGGCAGACCAGGCGGCAGCAGCACAGUCCUUUAGCUGGGACUUGGGAGCCUCUAAGAGAAGAGGCUUAUUGACUCCAUAGACCCUCUAAGAGGACCUCAGCCUUAGGGAGUAAAGCUGCUGCUGUCCUGUAUUUUUAGAAUGGAAGGGCAGGCAUGUCAGUGUGCCUGGGUCAUCAAGGAAAUCCUUAAGUCAUUGUCAUUGUCUGAUUCCUUUUUUUUUUCCCCAUGUGAAUCUUGUCAUCUAAGAUUUCUCUCCUCCUUGAGGACCUUCAGGUCUGUUCCCAGCUAACAUUUCUUAGUCUCCAUUUAGCUUCAGGUUUUUAGCCUUCUUUCCUAUCAUUUAGAGAAGAUCACAGAUUCCACUAUAGCCACUACCCUUGGGCUUCUGCACUCUCUCAGAAGCCUGUCUCCUGCAGCCCUCAUCUACUCUUUUUACUAGUUCUUCUGGGCGAGAGCUCUGCAGUAGUGUGCUUAGUGUUAUAAGAAUGGGUAAGGGUUGGGGCAGUUGCCAGGAUAUGAACUGGGGGUCCAGUAUAGAACAGAGCUUUUACUGCACAUCUUUCCACUCCAGUCUCCUAAUUAGCUGCGACUACAGGCCCAUACCACCAUGGCCGGCAUUACUGCACAUCUUUAGACAGGCUGCCUGUAUCUUCCCUGUUCCCUUUAGUUUUGAUCCUCUAUCAGAGGUGGGUUUUUUCCUUCCUUCCCAGCUAUGCUAUUGCUUGCUUGGGUCUUUGGAUCUUAUUUAUCCCAUCCUAGGGCCUAUCCUGAUUUGUAAGGCAUUUCAUACUGCCUUUAACUUAACUUUUUUAAACUGCUAGUCAUUUGAUAAACACAGAAGUAACCUAAGAAUCCAAAGAUACACAUCGAGGCACAUAGGAAGGGCAAGGCAUCAGACUUUCCAUUUGAUGGUCUAGUGUAGGCUCCUGAGUGAAGGAGCAGAGGGCCAGUAAUGCCAUUUGCCUUCACAGUGUCCCAGGAAAUCUGGGCUGACUUUAGGGGGAAUUGCCAGUAUUCUUGGUUCCAGAAAGUAGUGCAAGAGUAAGAGAUGGGGAAAUACGGGCAAAGCUUUCCACAUAUGUACCAGGUCAGAUAGAAAAUGCUAUGUGGUAGGGCCAGCUGUUGACUAACAAGAGUAGCAGCUGUUUGGAGAUCUUGCUGCCCUUUCCCAAGUAUAGUGCUUGAAAAAAAUGUGGCUGACCACUCCCUGUGUUUGUACAGAGCUAAGGCCAAAAGCCAACCUCACAUCUACUGACCUGGCAGCUGAAAAAAAUCAGCAAAAGUUCUGAUCACUUGAUCCCAUAUUCCUGAUUCAGUCCCAAAAAAUGAAUGUGGGGGUGGCCCGCCACAUCACCUGGCCCAUGCUUUCCUUCCAGCCAGGAAUAAAGAUGUGAGGCCACAGAGCUGCAUGCAGCUCCUUGGGCCUUGCGCUGCUUCCCUGUGCAGGUCCUGAGGUGUGGGGUGUGCUGGGGUCCUCUGUGUCACUUUCUUCCUCUCUACCUACCUCUGACCCCAUGGUAGGUGAGGGUACCUGUGCCUGUGGCUGUCCUGACUGAAGAGGCAGAGAAUACUGAGGAGCCCAUAGAGCACAUGUCUUCUGUGGCCUCUUGCCUCCUCUGUGAUGAGUGAGCCUGCAUAGUGCCCGGGAGAGUGGGUGCCUCCUGACCUCCCCUGCUUGGCACUAUUGGAGUGUCUUGGCCUUGAAUGAUAAGCCUAAGUUCCUGCUGAAACAUGUGGUAGGGCCUGGCAGUCGCGAGGUACCUCCUACAUCUGCUUUCUGGCUGUGGUGACUUGGCACUUUUAACCUUAUAUAUCUUUUUUCCUUUAUUCAAAACAAAACAAUUUUUAGCACACUGGAAAAAAAAAAAAGCCAAAUGUUUUGUGCCUUUCUAAGGCAGCACUGUUUCCCAGGCUGCAUUUUAGGACUUAAUAUGGAAACACCAGAGUCUGAGCUCCUCUACCUUGAGUAUCCUACUGUAGAGUCUUGAGGACGGGAAGGAGUCUUUCUGUGGAGAGAGAGGUGGCACACAGGUCCAGUGUGUCUGUGGUCCCUUUCCCCCACGAGGUUUUGCUGGAGAGAGCAGCAUUGUACCCUGGGAUCAUCUGGUUGGUUCCAUUCAGCAGCUUGAUUAUCAGAUUGGAUAUUUUGUCCCCUGUAGGAGACAGAAUGUCCCACAAUUUCUAGGUAUAUUCUGGACCAUUCCAAGUGCACCCCCCCCCCCAUCAUGUUGAUGACUGGUGCUGGAGAAGUGAAGGGUGUGGUCUGUGGAGAAGGGGAGGUGGGUCCAUUUCCCUCUUUCUUUUUGCUGGAUCCUGAGCCAGCACAGACCUGACUUUCAGACUUGCUCUCCUUUCAUCUGAAGGCUUCAAACCUUUAAAGCAUUAAGCAGCCAGUGCCCUCUACAGUGUCUCAUUUUCCCCAGGUAGGGGCAGCAAGGAACACACCAGAAGCCUAUAGGUAUUGUGACUGUAAUAGGUUUCAGGGAAAAAAAAUGUUUUCUAUACAGUGACAUUUUACCUUAUCUCUUACCCUUCCCUCAGUUCUUUCCUGCUUUUAACUAAUAAUUGGGAGAUAGAAACAAUUUUUAUUAUGGUCCUCCUUGUUCAAGAUUUUGAAAUUCUUGGCCUAGGUGGGGCUGAGGAGAACUUGAUGUUUUCUCCAGUAUGAAGAAUCCCAAUUUGUAUAUCAGUGUUAAGAAGAAAACAAAACACUUAGACGAGAUUUUUCAUGGACUAUUUUAAAAAAUGUCAUUAAUAUAAAAAAUUUAUAUUAGUAUUUAAUCAUUCUCACCUGUAAAGAAUAAGAAAAACAGAAGGUAAAUAUUCUUACAGAGAAUAGCAGAGCUUUAAGAUUCAUUUUCAAGUCCAUUUUGUUUUGCCAGUGUAUUAAUGUUAGAGGUCUGUUAUACUAAUGUUAUUUAUUAAUUUUUUCAUUUCCAUAUACAGUUAACUAAAGAGCUUUUUCAAGCACUCAUGUCUGUAAAAAAAAUAUUUUUAAAUAAAGUUUCUUUUAUCGUA